AUGCAUCACCCUUCAGCGCCGUUAUUAUCGUUGCUUUCUCUCGCCUCGGCGCUCCUUGCAUCUGCGCGGGCUUCAUAUCUUAACAACGAUUUAAGCUUUGGCCACAAUAAUGAGAGGAUAUCACCCAAUAAUCGAGCAGUGCCGAACUGGUACCUCGUGGGACACCCAGAUCCCCCAGAGAUCCUAUCGAACAAAUUAGUCUUGACCCCGCCGGUGCCGGGCAAUCAACGAGGGGCAGUCUGGGCUGAGAGACCGCUGGUCCAUUCAUUAUGGACAGCGGCUGUCGAUUUCCGUGCAACGGGUCCUGAGCGAGGCGGAGGGAAUUUGAAUAUAUGGUAUGCGAAGAACGGCCGGGAUGAGGUGAGCACAGCAAGUAUAUACACAGCUGGACGCUUCGAUGGAUUGGCUCUAGUUAUUGAUCAAUAUGCCGGAUCCGGCGGAUCCAUAAGAGGCUUUCUCAACGACGGAACCACAGACUACAAAUCCCACCACAACGUCGAUAGCCUCGCCUUCGGCCACUGCAAAUAUGCCUACCGCAACCUAGGCCGUCCCUCCCAUGUAUCAAUCCGCCAAACUGCCGACAACUUCAUCGUCGAAAUCGACGGCAACCUGUGCUUCGAGUCGUCAAAGAUCAAGCUUCCCCUAGCAAACUUCUUUGGCAUCUCUGCCGCCUCCGCUGAAACCCCAGACUCCUUCGAGGUUUUCAAAUUCGUCACCACGACCGAUACUCCCUCACCCGAUAUAGCCGGCCAACGUCUGGUGGAGCAACAGCACCAAUAUGGAUCAGCUGAGAACGCUGGACAGCAGCAGCAGCAGCAACAGCAGCAGCAAGGCGAUGGUACGAUUCCCGCAUUUAGUGACAUGCCUGACACGGCUGCGGAGAAGUAUACCAGCGGCGCAGAGCAAUUCGCCGAUCUACACAACCGCCUCCAAGUUAUGAUGAAGCAUAUCAGCGCGAUAAGCCGCGAGGUCAAGGACUACCAGCUCGAAGAAAAUCGGCGCCACGACACCAUUAUGGCAAAAUUACAUAGCAUCGAGGCUGCGGUCAAGGUCCAAGAGGGAACGCCAAAUAUACUAAAGGAUAUCCGGAGUGAUGUGCGGCAGACGAAGGCGGAUCUGCACGAAGCACUUAAUCAGCACGUGGCAGGCUUGAAGGUUGCGGUUAGGGAUACGCAUCACAGUGUGCUAGGCACGUUAGCUAAGACGGGGACCGGCCUAGGGAAGUUAGUGCUAGUUGUGGUAGGGAGCCAGGGGUUGCUUCUGGGUGUUUAUGUGCUGUAUAAGCGGAGGAGGACGAAUAUGCCGAAAAAGUAUUUGUAG